AUGAACGAACUUUUGCAAAAACAUGGUUGUUCUAAUGUAUUCACAAUACCGGAAGGUCUGAAAGAGCUGAUGUCUGACAUAUCACGUGAAGUUUUACGCGAGCAACCAACAAAUAUUUGCAAUUUUAUAGCUAAAUAUUUGUCUGUACUACUUCUCACAAGAGAGCACGGGAUGAUGGCGGUGAAAAUCCUUGAUGACCUCUGUGACUGCAGAGCAUCUGUGUCUGAACAUCUGUUACAAUUGGGCAUGCAGCAAGGACAAGCAACGAUUCUAUCCCAAAUUAUUAAAGAGGAAAUUGAAAGCUUUCAACCUGAUAAUAAAAAAGAAACAAUAAAAGAAUAUCAAAUAAUGAAGAAGAUUUUGAACCGCACUCCUCUGGACGAAGUGAUGGCGGCGAAAGUGUGCCAAGUAGCAAGGAACGCGUACCGAGACUAUUGGUACAGAAAGAAAACAUUAGAAAAGGCAAUCUUGUUCUUUAGUUCUUACAUA